CCAGCCAAACAGGAAGUGGAUCAGAUGUGAAGAAGGACCUUAUUUAUAAUAAGGGAGCAGUAGAAUACACUGGUGAAUUGUUUGAGUUUAGUUGAUUUAUUCACACAAUGAAUGGCGGACAUUUAGUAAAGUAUUAACUGAUUUAUACACGUAGUCGGUUUGGGUCGCUCGUCAGUUUCAGUGUGGCUGAACUGGCUCGAGAUGGCAGACGAGGCUCUCUUUCAGUUCCUGCACAGUGAAAUUAUUCAAUAUGUCAACAGUGCAGAAACUGGGGAAUCGGAGAAUGGACGAUGUGUUUCUAAACUUGAGAACAUGGGGUUUCGUGUGGGACAAGGACUUAUUGAGAGGUUUACCAAAGACACGCCACGUUUUAAAGAUGAGCUUGAUGUUAUGAAAUUUAUCUGCAAAGAUUUCUGGACCAGUGUUUUUAAGAAGCAGAUUGACAACCUGAGAACAAACCACCAGGGUAUUUAUGUGCUGCAAGAUAACAAGUUUCGCCUGCUGACACAACUGUCUGCUGGAAAACAGUAUUUGGAACAUGCGCCGAAGUUUUUAGCCUUCACCUGCGGACUGGUCCGAGGAGCACUUUCAAACCUUGGUGUGAAAAGUAUAGUCACGGCAGAGGUGUCAGUCAUGCCUGCCUGUAAAUUCCAGGUGAUGAUCCAGAAGAUGUAACUCACUACACAAGAGCGUGUUGCUCAUAACAUGUGCAUCUUAAUUUUAUUGCCUUGUCAUUUUUUUAUUGCCUUGCCCAUUUUUUUGUCACUAUGAUCAUUUUUUAUUUGCAAUAAUUUGCAACUACUGGCAUUAAAAGUGUUUUGACAUGCAAAGGUCAAGCCUUAUUGUACUGUAUUGUGUUUUAGUAUUUUGACAUUCAUCAUUCUCUGUCCACAUUCACUCUGUUUGAUUAUUAAUUUGCACUGAUGACAUUAAAACUGGAAUCCUA